CGCUGUACCAGACCUUUGUGUGAGGUCCCGAUCAUGUGAUCACUGAUUGGCCAAUCAGUGAUCACAUGAACAGUAGUAAGCAAGAUGUCACUUCCUGACAUCAUUGCUUACUACUUGUGAAAUCUGUGAAUGAUCACAACCUUGUACCAUGUGACAAGGUGUGACCAAUCACAACUCGCCUUGUACCAUGUGACAAGCUGUGACCAAUCACGAGCUCAAACAGUAUUUCUCAAUGGCUGCUGAAGAAUGCAGCCAGAGAGAAGGAGAAAUGAUUGAUU